CGUAAGGCUAGGAAAAGUUUAACGCGGUCAGUCGGUAUCACGUAUGUUGAUUUAAUGAGAAAUCAGUUUUUAGAUUAGGUUAAAACUGCGCUAUAAAUUAAAAUAUUUACGUGUGUAAAGUUGAUUACAUAUCCGCAUUAUUUACAAAGAUGAGCCGGAAAGAAGCAUUAUCUCAAUUUAUACAACAAAUUCAUGGACGACCUGUUGUUGUAAAAUUGAAUAGUGGUGUUGAUUACAGAGGUGUGUUAGCUUGUAUAGAUGGUUACAUGAACAUAGCCCUUGAACAAACAGAGGAAUAUGUCAAUGGACAAUUAAAAGACAAAUAUGGAGAUGCAUUUAUACGAGGGAACAAUGUGUUAUAUAUUAGCACACAAAAACGUAGAAAUUAAUUAUAUGAUAUAAGCAAACAUAAAUUUCAAUAAAAAUUAAUAUCUUA